CUUGUCUGUCUCGGCGGGGAAGGAGGAUCCGCUUUGCGACGCAUCCCGGGCGUGUCGGGGUGGCAGUGCAGGCCGGCCCAACGCGACCAGGACUCCCUGGCCUGGUUCUCUCAAGCGAGUUAAAGGAUCUUCUUGAGAUUAACCAACAUUCAUGAAUCCCACUGGACUGCCGGAAACCAGUCAGCUAUCUGCAAAUGUCAGAACUCACUUCAAAGUCUGCAGGUUCAUCAUGGAAGCAGGUGUGAAGUUAGGCCUGCGCUCUGUCCCUAUUGCUACUGCGUGCACCAUUUAUCACCGAUUUUUUACGGAGGUGCCUCUGGAGUCGUAUGAUCCUUACUUGGUAGCUAUGGCUGCACUGUAUCUGGCUGGGAAAGUAGAAGAACAGCAUUUGCGGAUAAGAGACAUCAUCAAUGUGAGCCACAGGUACUUGCAUCCUCGGAGUGACCCCCUGGAGCUGGACACACAUUUCUGGGAGCUGAGAGACAGCAUUGUCCAGUGUGAGCUGCUCAUGCUACGUGUGCUCUGCUUCCGUGUCUCCUUCCAGCAACCCCAUAAGUACCUUCUCCAUUUUUUACUGUCCCUGAAGCACUGGAUGAACCGGCAUAGUUGGGAGCGGACCCCUGUGGCAGCAGCAGCUUGGGCUCUGUUGCGGGACAGUUACCAUGGUCCCCUGUGCCUCCAGCACUCUCCACAGCAUAUUGCUGUGACAGUCCUUUACCUUGCUCUGCAGUGUUAUGGAGUGGAAGUACCUGCUGAUGCUGAAGCCGAGCGACCGUGGUGGCAGGUGUUCAGUGAAGAUCUUUCCAAACCUGUCAUGGACCAGAUAGUCUUGGAACUGAUACGGGUCUACACUUUGGAUGCAGAGAUCUAAGUACACUGUGAAGAGAAAGACUUCCAGCUGAGAGUCUAUACUGAAUUGUCAUGUUUCAAGCUGGGAUAAUGUUGAAAGUAUUACUGAUACUUGAAGGGAUUGACACCAGAAGUACACUCUCUUCUGUUGAGGCAUCCCACUGAACAGCACUGGAGUUGAACAAGCGAAGCACCUUGAUAGCGCUGAGAAUCUCCUAACAGAAUCACUUUCCAGUGGGGAGUUCAUCUGUAACUAAUUUUCCAUCCCUCGCAAAAGAACGAUGUUCUGAAUAGAAGUUUGUGGAAUGAGGAAAUGAGUGAAAAAGAUUCUUUACCUAUUUCAAGUAAAAUGUGCUGGCAAGAUA